AUGAGCACAAAUAAAAGAAAGCAACUCUACAAGAUUAUCAUCUUAGGUGAUUCUGGUGUAGGAAAGACUUCUCUUAUGAACCAGUACGUCAACUAGCGUUUUACUCAACAAUAUAGAGCUACAGUUGGUGCUGAUUUCAUGGCUAAGGAAGUCACUAUUGAUGAUCGUAUGGUUACAUUACAAAUUUGGGAUACCGCUGGUCAAGAACGUUUCUAAUCCCUCGGUGGUGCUUUCUAUAGAGGUGCUGACUGCUGUGUUUUGGUCUAUGAUAUUACAAAUAAGAAGACCUUUGAAAACUUAGAAAGUUGGAAAGAAGAAUUUAAGCAACAAGGUUGCCCUAAAGAUCCUGACACUUUCCCAUUUGUUGUUAUUGGAAAUAAAAGCGAUAAAGCAUCAGAAAGAAAAGUUGAAACUGAGUUUGCUCAAUAAUGGUGCAAAUCUAAUGGAGACAUUAAGCACUUCGAAACAUCUGCCAAGGAUGAUACUAAUGUUAAUGCUGCUUUUAUGGCUAUUGCUAAGGCUGCCUCCUCUUAAUUCUAAGAAGAUGCCAUCUUCUUCCCACCAAAGCCUGUUGUUUUGUAAACUGAUAAGGCCAAAAAGAAAGAAAAAAAGGAUGACUGCCCUUGUUGA